AUGAACGAAGAGGAGAUUGUCUAUCAGGGCGAAGACGAUUAUUAUGAGGAAUCGGAGAUCUAUGGCAAUUACGAAGAAGACGGAGCUGAAUUCAUUGAAGUUGAUGGACGAUUGGUUCCUCAUAAUCCUGAUCAGCGUAACCGACCAGGGCCCAGUGCUCCUCAACACAGCCGACACGGCGAGACUGCGAUCAAAGAAGAACCUCUCGAAAAUGCAUCUCAUCGAUUAUAUAUGCCUCCUCCAAGAUCUGUUCAACGUAAACCUGGGCCCAGCUCUGGCGGAACUUACGAUCCAUUGAGAAACAUACCAACUGUACCACCAAUGUACUCAAGGCCAUCCGCUCACCCAAGACCAGCAGGCCUUGAUAUGGGUGGAACAGAUCAAAGAAAAGCUUUUAAUGAAAUGAAGGAACAAGUGAAUCAAGUGCGUCUCAAAACAAAAAAGAAAGUAUAUGCUCCGGGCCAACGAAAGCCCUGCAAUUGCACUAAGUCACAGUGUUUAAAGCUUUACUGUGAUUGUUUCGCCAACGGAGAAUUCUGUCGAGACUGUAACUGUAAAGACUGUCAUAACAAUAUAGACUAUGAUAGUCAACGUUCGAAAGCUAUUCGUCAAUCAUUAGAGCGAAAUCCGAAUGCCUUCAAACCUAAAAUUGGUAUCGCCCGAGGAGGAACUGCUGACAUCGAACGCUUGCAUCAAAAAGGAUGUCACUGCAAGAAAAGUGGUUGUCUCAAAAACUAUUGCGAGUGCUAUGAAGCUAAAGUACCAUGCACGGAUCGAUGCAAAUGUAAAUGUUGUCAGAAUACUGAAGCUUACAGAAUGACAAGGUUCAAGAAUUCUGGAUCUCUCCCGAGUACUAAUGCACUAAUGUCUCUCACCAACGCAUCAAGUACGGCAACACCAGAUUCUGGACCAGGAAGUGUUAUGACUGAUGAAGCAGGAGAUGAUUAUGAUGAUAUGAUGUUACCACAAAAGCCCAAGGCCGAGAUGGAUCCUAGACGUUUCCCUUGGUAUUAUAUGACUGAUGAAGUUGUGGAAGCGGCGACGAUGUGUAUGGUCGCUCAAGCUGAAGAAGCGCUGAAUGCAAGCUUCUCGGAGAAAAUGCAGACCGAAGAUGACAAAAUUAUCAACAUGGAGAAACUGGUUCUCCGUGAGUUCGGUCGCUGUCUCGAACAAAUGAUUACUAAUACUACCGAAGCUACAAUUGGACUUGAAUCUUCAACGACCGAAGCGGGACCGUCGACAAGCUCUUCUUAA